AUGGAAUUAAGUUUAAUUCUUAAUCUACAAGAUCACGAAGGAUCUUCCCAUCGCAAAAAACCAUUAAAAUUUGAUAAAGAGACCUCAGUCGAGCAAUUGAGCAAGGCGAUCAAUUCUUUAUGGAACAUCGACGAGAAAUAUCAAGAACUUUUUUUUAAUGGCCAACAGAUUCUUUCUCUUAAAUCAACGCUUCAAGAUAUCGGUGUCAAGGAUGACGAUGAAAUUGUUGUAUGCCAUACUAUGUUGAUAAAUUGGCGGACAUACAUCCAGAUGAUAAAUGAAAUCAAACGAAUGACCACAUCGGGUGUUACGGACCAAAGAAGGGAGAUUGCCCUCAAGGCUCGCAUUCAGCUGUCCCCACUCUAUUCGUCAAACUUCUUUGGUGUGUAUCCCAGUUUGGCAAUCGAAGAAGUGAACAUCGGCAAGAGUUUGAAUUUCCUGAUUCAUAACACGAAGAAGUAUCUUCACCGAUCCGUUUCGGCAUAUUUUCAAACAGCUUAUCCGGGAAAAACGGUGGAACUGAAGAAUAAAUCCGAAGAGUUUGCUGGAGUUCAUCUCGGAGUUUUUGUGUUCAUCGAUAAUGAGCCCUCUUACUAUGCGAAAACUCUUGGAAGUGUUCCGGGACCUGACGAGUAG